AUGGCGCAGGCAACAACAUUCCUGAAAUCAGUCAACAACCGUGGCCAGAGAAUCACUCGCCAGAACAGCAAUUUAAUAUUCAAAUCACCACCCGUGGCUGCCGGUACGCAGAAUCCCAGUGUUUACGAGUUGAGUGGCAAUUCUGCCGUCGAAUAUCCUCCCGCGGCAGCUCUCGCUACGCAGAAGCACAGGACCUCGCUAGGCCAUCACUCUGCUAAGACUUACUCAUCCGUAAGUAACGAUGUAUUUCGCGAGGCAGUCACAUCGUCCGCUUCUACGCCUGCCUCUGAAAUGAUCCCAAGUAGAGGGUUAGAUGUUUCAACGAGUGCCUUGACCGACUCUCGUGCACCGUCGCAGAACCCGCAAGUGAAGACUUGGGAGGAUACUGAGCGGCCGUCGUCAGGUGUGGAAAACAGUGAUGCGCAGUUGGCGCAACUUGAGGCGGAAAUGGCGCGUAUCGCGGAAGAGAGAGAACGCUUGCAACAAAUGCAGGUUUUGGCAGGCAGAGAGGCGGAGCUGAAAAGACAGAUUGCCGCACGAAAAGCUGCAAACUCGGGGGCAAAGCCAGAUAGUUCACCUUGA